AUUCAUCAGACAGAACAGAAGAGGCGAAAAUACGGGCUCGGGCUGGGGCUGGGGAUGGGGCCGGGCCGCCUCUACAGUGAGACAGGACAGGCCGAGCUCGCUCUCAUGCUCAUGCUCAUGUUGUACUUGUGCUGGGUCGGUCGGGUCGGGUUGGAACUUGGAUAUGUUCCGAUGUGAUCCUCUUCUCGUCUCGUCUCUCUCGAACUCUCCUCCUUCUCAUCCCUCUUCUUCCCACAGACACAAACAAAAGAAGCAGUAGCAGGAGCUUCCAUGGUCAAAAUCAAUGGCUGCCAUCUCCAAGCUUAAUAUCCUCUCCCUCUCCUCCUCCUCCUUCCCGCCUCAAACCCUACUCCCUGUCCCAAAAUCCCACUUACCACACCUCUCUUUUGCCUCCGUCAAAAACAAAAGCCCGUUAAAUCUCCAUCUCGGGAUCCAACCCAUCACUCCUAUCAAAAUCAGCACCGAAGAAGAAGAGGAAGGCGGAACCCUACAAUUUCAGCGCUACGGCUACGAGGAAUCUGAUCCUUUAUCUGUGGCGUUUCCGUCAGUUGCGUUUUCAAACAGGCUCUUGUUUAGUUCGAGGACAUACAAUGUUGAGGUGACCGUGGGCGAGAGGGAGGCAGAAGAUAAGUUGAUUGGCAGGUUCCGGCGGGAGGUGCUGAAGGCUGGCGUCAUUCAGGAGUGUAAGCGUAGGAGGCACUUCGAAACCUCGCAGGAGCAGAGGAAGAGGAAGGUACGGGAGGCUGCCAAGCGGAAUCGGAUCCGGAGAAGCAAGCAGGCGGCCGCCAGCAUCAUCAACAAAUCAUCACCGGACUACUAAGGAGCACAGUGGUGGUAGUCCUCCUCGUUCAAAGGAGGAGAAGGAAGACGAUGAUAACUGGGAGGUGUAUGAUGUGGAUUUGCCUUAUCAUCGUGCUGCCAGUGCCGGCUGAUAUCGAACAAAUGACUCACUCAUGAUACUGAAUGAAUGAUUGAUUACCUGGUAGUUGCUCAUCUAUGUAUCCAUGUAUGUAUCUAUCGUAUGUAUGUAUCAUCGCUCACUCGCACUCACAGUAGUGCUUUUCAACUGA